CUCAGCCUCAAUCAGCCCAUGGGCAUGCUCCAUGUCGCAUUGACCUUUCUCAACUGCCUCCAGAGCCUCACAAUUCGCACUUCAAUCACAACUCUUCUACUUUGUUGCCCAAGUCUGUUACUGGAUUUCUGUCUCCCCGUUGACCUCCAUCCUAUUUCCUCUACUUGCAAGUUCCGAACCUUCAUUCAUGGAUGUGCCGCUCCCCAGCAUCUAUUGGGACCCAAAAGAGCUCCGUGGUGCCCACUACCAGGAGGUAACCCCUGGGACUGAAGAUGUACUACGACACGCUGAAGUCGACUCUGUAAUCGAAGAUUCUAUUCUCAAUAUUCUGUCACCCUACGAGACGUCGGCUUCAGUCCGGAUAUUAGACCUCGCCACGACAAUGACUGUUACUAUGCUGUUUUCGAAUACCACGGACGGGUUCAUCCGAGAGGGAUACUUCUCAUUUCCUCUACCUUCGACAUGCUCCCUGACCAAGUUUCGCUUCUUCAUAGGAGACGACAGAGUCAUCACCGGGAAAGCGAAGCCUACACUCAAAGCCGUUGCCGACUUUAGCGGCGCCAUACAUAAUCGCAAGACCGCCGCUCGUAUCAAGCAGGAAACAUCGGAGAUCUUCACGGCUGCUUUGGGUAAUCUGCCGCCGCAGGGAAAGCUCAAAGCUGAAGUCUCGAUGGUCAUGAUGCUCAAGGAGAAGAUACCUGAUAGAUUGCCGACCCGCAUCAGUACCUUGAGCAUCCCAACCCACGUCGCCCCUCGCUAUGGCGAAUUGCCCACGUCGUACCUAAAAGACACGAUCUCAAACCCAGAAGUCCAGCAUGACCUGUCCAUUACCGUCGAAGCCAUAUUCGCCGGCGAGGUUAUAGAUGUGAUCAGCAGGACCCACGAAAUCUCGUACGAGCAUCGUAGUGGACCUCGUCCUACCGACAGCUGGGGCGCCUUUGUCCAUGGAGACUCAUUGUCUCAAGAACCAUCAAACAUUGUUACAGUGAAGCUCAAGAAACCUUUGUCAGCUUUAGAUGGUGAUUUUGUCCUUGAUUUCGUCACGAAGCCUUCUGCAAGUACCUCAGCACCUCAUGCCUACCUAGAGCGCCACCCAACUCUGCAUGAUCAUCACGCCGUCAUGGUCACCAUUCCUUCAAAUAUCCUUGUCGAUACUCAUUCUAAGAUCGACGACUCUGAGGUACUCUUCCUUAUGGAUCUAUCUGGGUCAAUGUCUAAUAAGCGUUCGUCCUUGAAAUCGGCGAUUAAGUUCUUCCUCAAUGGCAUCCCAGUGAACCGCCGUUUCAAUAUUUGGUCAUUUGGCAGUACGUACUCUAGCCUGUGGCCGAAAUCCAAAUCCAAGUCGAAGGACACUUUAAGCGAAGCUUUAGAACACGUUGAGUCUGAAGUCAAGAAAGACCUGGGAGGAACGGAACUGUUACCAGCCUUGAAGGCAAUAUUUAACGGUCGGUCAUCGGAGAAGUCCUCGAUGACAAGCGAUAUCCUCCUCCUCACGGAUGGUGAGGUAUGGCGCGAAGCGGAGACAAUCGAGUUUGUGAACUCGGCCCGGAAGCAUUCUGGGUAUUGUGUUCGUUUUUUUUGCCUUGGAAUUGGUGAUGCCGUUUCACAUAGCCUUGUCGAGGGCGUGGCGAAAGCAGGUGGCGGAUAUUCUGAGGUGGUGCCAGCCAAGUCUCAGACAGGCUGGGAAGAUAGAGUGGUGCUCAUGUUGAAGGCUGCUUUACACACGCACAUCGGGCCCGUCAAGAUGGAUAUUGGUGAGGAGACAAAAAGUGGAUUUCGGCCAUGGGCAGACGAAUCUUUCCUUAAGUCGCCAACGGAUAUAUCAAUGCUCAGUCCAUUUGUCACGAACAAGGUCUUGAUGCUCUUUGAAACAAUGCGUCUUCCUAUCAACCGAGCUGUUAUUCGUCUCACGACGACGGAUUCGUCAGGGCGGGAACAAGUCCGCAAGAUCAAGCCAACCCCUUUCCACUCAGAGCAGCCUGUAAUUCACCAACUCGUGGCCCGAGAGCUUCUCAGAGACCUGGAGCAUGGUCGGCAUUGGCUCGUUCAUCCGAGCGAGGACUCAUUACGCCUCGAAGGAGAGCGCAUCGCUUGCAAGUGGUCACUCGUCUCAAAGUGGACUUGCUUAAUUGCUGUCGAGGAGUGUCGACCCAAGGCUAAGCAUGAUACUCUCCCGGACGCAAUCUUGGACAGCAUCAAUUCUCUAAUUCAGAUCAAGCCGGAAGAAUGGGUUCCGGAUUUGUUGAGACCUAUCCGUGGUCCGAAGACAACGCCUGACUUCCAAAAGGACAUUGCCAUCGGCAUAGAAAGCGACAGUGAGAGCAGUAGUGAAAGCGAAACCGAGAGCGAGUCUGGAGACGAUACGGAUGACAUCAGCCCGGAUCAGGGAGGAAAUGGUCCUGACAAGGACUCCGGCGGAGGUUCAAGCGCCGGACCAGACGGCUCAGGAGACUCGGGAGAGACUUCAUACACGCCCGAUUCAAAGAAAGCGGGAGGGUCAGAAAGCAAAUCGCAAGAAUACAGCGCGGGUGGCAAUACAAGAUCACAUACAGCACAUCAGGCAAAGAACUCCGCCACGAGUCAGUCUGUAAAAGGAAACAAGUCGCCCUUGAAAAUAACGCGCGGAUAUCUACAAAAAGUAUUCGAGUCUCUGGGUUGGCCAGCUACACUCCCAGUUGAUAACCACUCACUUAAUCAAAACGGUACAGUUGAGAAGCCUUGUUCGAUACAACCCUUAGCCGUUGCGAACGAGACGAGCCUCCCACUAGUUCCGACUACUGCUCUGAAUCGCCCCAUUGAUGACGGAGACGAAGACGAAGAGGAGAUUCUAAACAAGAGAGCCCUCAUAAAAGACUUGGUCGGAUUCCAAUCUUUCGAUGGCUCAUUCGCUGAUAUGCCACAGGCGGAGAUAUACCUCGUUGCCAUGUUUGGCAAUGAAAUCCGCCCAGCUCUGGGGAAUGUCCUCAAGGUUAUGUCACGUCGCCUUAACCACAAACGAAAUCGAGGUGCAGCAAACGGUAAAUAUUUCGACCUGGCACUGGCCGUGCUCAUAAUUGCGCUUCUGAGAAAGCAUUUUGACUCUUGUCGGUCACUAUGGUGUCUUAUGGCUGACAACUCCCUGGAAUUUGUGAAAGACCAGCUGGCAGGAAAGCAGCUCAGUUCCCGAGAUGCAGUCUCCAUAGCUCAAGAGGCUAUUCGCGGAGUGGAGGUGACUAUGAAGAAGAGAAAUGAUCAGUAUCCGCCUGCCCCAGCUCCGCCUAGCGCUCCAACAGCCCCUUCUCGUUUACAACGAGGAAGAAAUGGACCUGAUUACUCUUCCCCAGCCUCUCAUGCGGGUUUCUCCCCUUAUCGAAACUCACCCAGACCCGAGGAUAACGAAUGGGAUACGAGAUACCCCAGCGACAAUGACAAAGCAACAAUGGUAGAUAGGGACAUUUCAUGGCCGCAAGAUUCUGAGGAGCCUCGCAUACCACCAAGAAGGAAUACACCGGAUAUACCGCCUGGUCCACUCGCCGCAGAACACUGGUCCCAGGAAAUCGAUGAGUUUGAGAGUCGACACAUCCCUAGGGCUCCUCUUGGGGGUAAUAGGCCUCAUCCGGGUAACAGGAGCGAAGUGUAUGAGACAUUGACCUAUGAAGAGCUGCGUCAGGCCCAGUAUGAAGGGCAACCAGGAAGGACAAGCCAGAGAGACAGAGAACUUGAGCAAUUACUCAGACGAACGAGCUAAGGCGAGAAGAUGGCCGAUAUGUUAUAUUGAGUACAACAGCUUUGAAUGAGGGAAGAAUACCUAAACACAAAGCUUCAUUACAUACUU